CCCAGCAUGCCCCGCGCCCGGCGCUGCGCCGUGACGGCCCCGCCCGGCGCGGCCUCACCCCCGCCCCGCGGUGCCGGCGGCGGCCAUGCUGCGGCCCAAGGCCCUGACGCAGGUGCUGAGCCAGGCCAACACCGGCGGCGUCCAGAGCACGCUGCUGCUGAACAACGAGGGCUCCUUGCUUGCCUACUCGGGCUACGGGGACACCGAUGCCAGGGUCACCGCGGCCAUCGCCAGCAACAUCUGGGUGGCCUACGACAAGAACGGGCACCAGGCCUUCAACGAGGACAACCUCAAAUUCAUCCUCAUGGACUGCAUGGAGGGGCGAGUGGCCAUCACACGGGUGGCAAACCUGCUGCUCUGCAUGUACGCCAAGGAGACGGUCGGAUUUGGGAUGCUGAAAGCCAAGGCACAGGCACUGGUCCAGUACCUGGAGGAGCCCCUCACGCAGGUGGCCGCAUCGUGAGCAGGCAGUGGAGGGCUCUGAGGUGCCACUGGGCCCCGACAGCAUCACCAUCACCACCCUGGGAGGGGCAUGAGUGGCCCCACGGGCAUCCCGGAGCUCCAGUGUGGUUAAAAAUAAGGUGGCAGGAUGCGGAAGCUGGGGGAAUAAAAGCAUGUUUGAUGCU